AUGGAUAAUUUCGAUCAUAACACGCAAACUUGGAAGACUUGGAGAUGCAGACUCACACAGUGGUUCAUUGCGAAUGACAUUAACGCAGUGAAAGAUCCAGCAGGAGUCAAAAGACGGGCCAUAUUGCUUAGCACACUCAGCGAAUCUACCUACAAACUGGCAGCAGAUCUCGUGUUGCCUAAAGAAGUUCAAGAAGUACCAUACGAAGAUAUAGUUAGUGCCUUGGACAACCAUUUCACUCCAAAAUCAGUUGGUUUUGGCGAGCGUCAUCAUUUUUAUGCCGCCACACAACUACCCCAGGAGUCACCAUCACAGUGGGCUGCGAGGUUACGAGGUCUCACUUCUCAGUGUAACUUCAGCAAUGUAGAAGAAGCAUUGAGAGAUCGAUUCAUUAUGGGUAUGCUGCCGGGCGUGGAAAAAGAAAAAAUGUACGUGCAGGAGCUGGCCGGGCUGACCUUCGCCAGGGCUGUGGAGCUGACCGAGAGCUUGCGCAGCGCGCGCUCGGCUGCUGCUGCAAGCGCUGCUACCGAGGCUGUCGUUACAGAGCUGUAUAAAAUAGGCAAACGUUCUCCGACUAGUGUACCUCAAAGUGCAAAAGUGAAGUGUUCCGUGUGUGGUUAUUCGAAUCACAAAGCCGCGGAGUGUCGUUUUGCGAGUUACACUUGUAGGAAAUGCAACGAAAAAGGGCAUUUGCGUAGAAUGUGCAAAAGAGUCAAUUAUGUUGUAACGGAGGAGAACGAUGAAGGUGACGGUGACGACGGUAAAAUUUAUAACAUUCGAUCUUUUCGAGGUGAACCAUUAAUCGAAACCGUGUGUGUCAAUGGUAUUAGAAUUAAGUUUGAGAUCGAUAGUGGGUCAGCUGUUACCGUUAUGUCCCACGAUACGUAUAACGAACAUUUUAAAAACAUUCCCUUAUUAAGCACAAAUAAGAAAUUAUUAAGUUACUCGGGUGACGUGUUAGGUUGCGCCAGUCGCGCUCAGUUGUUAGUGGAGUGGCGGGGUCGCACGCGCCAGCUCGACGUGUACGUGGUGCGCGAUGGCGGACCACCUUUACUGGGCCGCGACUUCAUCGCGCAAUUUGAACUGCAGCUAACGCCCGUAUAUAAAUGUGCCACUACCCGAGACACGUUGAAAUUAAUACAGGAACAAUAUCCCGCCGUAUUCUCGGACAAGCUAGGGCAAUUCAACAAAUACAAAGUUAAUUUGAGAUUAAAAGAAAAUUCUCAUCCUAUUUUUUUUAAACCACGGCCGGUCGCAUUUGCUCUGCGUGAAAAAGUAGAAAAAGAGAUAAACCGUUUAGUGGGACUGGGAGUACUCCGACCAGUCGAACAUUCCGACUACGCGUCACCAAUAGUCCCGGUACUGAAACGUGACGGUUCGGUCCGUAUCUGCGCGGACUACUCUGUUACUAUAAACAAGCAGUUAGUUGUGGAACAGUAUCCGUUGCCCACCGUAAACGAGUUGUUUUCUAAACUAUACGGAGGCCAGAAAUUUACUAAAUUAGAUUUGUCAAUGGCCUACGGUCAGUUUUGUCUGGAUGAAGAAUCCCAAAAGUUAACUUGUAUCAAUACGCAUAAAGGGAUCUUCGCGUAUACGCGUUUGGUAUUUGGGUUAGCUAGUGGGCCAUCAAUUUUCCAGCGAGCCAUGGAUACAGUGCUAGCGGGCCUGGACGGCACGCUGUGUUUAUUGGACGAUGUGCUCAUAACGGGUCGCAAUGACUCUGAACAUCUUGAGAGACUACAUCAGGUCCUGCAACGGUUGCAAGACGCAGGAUUUGUUCUACAAAAGUCUAAAUGUCAGUUCUUUCAAGAUGAGAUUAAUUAUUUAGGGUCUACCAUUAAUAAAGAGGGGCUAAAGAAAUCACCCGAUAAAAUAGAAGCAAUAUUAAAGGCACCGGCGCCUACGAAUCUACGACCGACUCCGCGGCGCUCUCCUGUGUGCCCGUGGGAAUACCCCCCGCAACCCUUUUACCGUGUACACCUAGACUUUCUAGGUCCGCUGAAUGGUCGGAUGUACCUGGUCCUAGUAGACGCGUACUCCAAGUGGCUUGAGGUGUACGAGAUGGCUUCCACAACUACUAGUGCUGUCAUUGAAAGGAUGUAUGAGUACAUGUCCAGAUAUGGACUACCUCAUACGAAACUCAAUUCACUCGACAACAGGAAUGUCUCCGGCACAGUUAGUGUUUGGUCGCAAAUUAAGAUCACGUUUAGAUUUAAUGAAUCCGCGUUCGCCGCCGUCACCUUCAUCUGCUUCAUUAACUGA